AUGGGCGUUCACAUAGAAGGGGUAUUAGCCAUCAUCAUAUUUUACUUGUUAAUCCUGUUUGUUGGCAUAUGGGCUGCUUGGAGAUCUAAAAAUGUUGGAACCAAAAAAGGGCUUGGUAUCAGUGAAUCCAUAAUGGUUGGAGGAAGAGACAUUGGCUUAUUGGUUGGCAUUUUCACCAUGACUGCAACCUGGGUUGGUGGUGGUUAUAUCAAUGGCACAGCAGAGGCAGUUUACACGGUUGGGCACGGCUUGGCAUGGGCACAAGCUCCGAUCGGAAAUUCACUUAGUUUGGCUGUAGGGGGGUUGUUUUUCGCUAAACCCAUGCGGUUAAGAGGUUAUGUGACCAUGUUGGAUCCCUUUCAGAAGAUCUAUGGCAAACGGAUGGGAGGGCUGCUCUUCAUCCCCGCUGUGUUGGGUGAGAUGUUCUGGUCAGCUGCAGUUCUCUCCUCAUUAGGUGCAACAUUGAGUGUUAUUGUGGACAUCAAUAUCAACAUCUCCAUUAUUGUUUCUGCUGUGAUCGCAGUCUUUUACACACUGGUGGGUGGAUUGUACUCGGUUGCCUAUACAGAUGUGGUCCAACUAUUCUGCAUCUUUAUAGGAUUGUGGAUCAGCGUACCCAGUGCCUUGAGUCAUCCAUCAGUUACAAACAUCGCCCUGACAGCAACAAAGUAUGUUUACCAGGAUGCUUGGCUCGGGGAGAUACAUCUGCCAGAUACCUUUCUGUGGCUCGACAAUUUCUUUUUAUUGAUGUUCGGAGGACUUCCAUGGCAGGCCUACUUUCAGAGGGUUCUCUCAGCUUCCUCUGCAACCACUGCACAAAUCUUGUCUCUUCUGGCUUCCUUUGGCUGCAUGGCAAUGGCGAUUCCAUCUGUGAUUUUUGGUGCAAUUGGUGCAUCAACUGACUGGAAUCAGACCACCUAUGGAUUACCAACCCCUAUGGACAGGAAUCAGAGUGAUAUGAUUUUGCCAAUAAUACUGCAGCACCAUUGUCCACCAUACAUUUCCUUCUUUGGCCUUGGAGCUGUCUCUGCUGCCGUGAUGUCAUCAGCAGACUCUUCUAUUCUAUCAGCAAGUUCUAUGUUUGCUCGAAAUAUCUACAGUCUUGCAUUCAGACAGCAGGCUACAGACAAAGAAAUCGUGUGGGUUAUGCGAAUCAGCAUAUUCAUGUUUGGAGCAGCUUCAACAUCAUUGGCAUUGCUAGCCAAAUCUGUCUAUGGCUUGUGGUAUCUGAGCUCGGAUCUGGUUUAUGUUAUUGUCUUUCCUCAGUUGGUAUCAGUACUCUUCAUCAACGUAACUAACACAUAUGGCUCCAUUGCUGGAUAUAUAAUUGGUUUAUUGCUACGAAUUAGUGGAGGUGAACCAUAUUUACACCUGAAGCCAUUUGUUUGUUAUCCUGGAUGUUACAUAAAUCAUAUCUAUACAAAUAGAGAAGUCUAUGUUCAGACAUUCCCCUUUAAAACCAUAGCAAUGCUAGUUUCCUUUUUGACCAACAUUCUUGUUUCUUCUCUAACCAAGUUCCUGUUUGAACAUGAAAUCUUGCCAGAAAAAUAUGACAUUUUUAAUCUUGUUUCACGAUCGGAAAAAGUAAAAAUAGAAAGGAUGAGCAUGAGAAAGCAUGGCAAAAAAUCCGAGCUAGUGCAAGUGAAUCCAACACAAAAUGACUCUCCUGAUGCUCACAUGAUAGGAUUCGAGGACACUGAGUCAAGUCCUGAAUCUUCCAAGACAGCCAAACAGUCACCUUCCUUUCCAUCCGCUUGAGAUUCAAUCAUAAAUUG